GUUGGUUGUCAAUCUCCAAUGGCGGCAGUUGUAUCGGUUGGCGCCACCUCCCUCCUAGGGUUUCCAAAACCCAACAAAUGUCAAGGAUUCCCAAAAUCUCGCCCAUGCUCUAAGCUUCAUGAUGCGUUUAGACUUGUUGAUAAAAUUGCCUUGCAGUCAAAAAAUAGAGUGCCAAUAGUGUAUGCUUCUAACACCAAUAGUCCAAAUCCUGAUUCUGGAAAGGGCAAAGGCGAUAACAGCAGCUCAAGCAGUGAUGGCCCUCCACUUCUCACCAUAUUGGCAGGUGUUCUGGUCUUUCUCAUUGUAUGUUGGGUGAUUGGUUCAGUUGUUAUGUGGCUUGUUAGUUUAAUUGUUAAUGUACCACCAUCUUAAACCUGUUUCUUGAUGUGCAUCUGGCGUGGACGCUUUAUAUUGAGUGUAUCAUUUAACUGAAAUGACAAUAUAAAAUGUUCAGAUGCUUGUUGCGAA